AUGAGCUCAGAUGAAGCACGUCGUCAUGGUUUUCGACUGACUAAAAAGGAAUUAGAAGAUCGGCGGAAGUCUGAAAAAAUUCGAAAAUGGAAUGAGAGACUGGAUCGAGAGGAUAUAGUAAAGCUAAGAGCAGAGCUGGAUUCACUUAAUCGAGCUACUUUUUUGGCUCCGCAUCAAUGUGAGAGAAAAAGGUUGGUGGAGCGUUUGAUAAGGGAUCUUGAGCGUAGAAAUUGUAAUGAUUCUGUUUCUGCGAGUAAACCUCAAGAAGAGUCUUUGGAUCGUGAGCAAAGUGUUUGUAGUUCUUCUUCAGAAGAUUGUGAUAAUCUAUUUGUUAGUACAAUUACUGAAUCAACUGUAAUGGAUGGAUUUCCGACAAAGGCCGAUCAGAUUUUGCCGAGAUCAUUACGUAAAAGGCAGAAGGAAGAUGUGGUUGACGACAGGUAUCGAAAACGGAUCCGGAAUGCCGAAGAUGCUUUGCUUUCUAGUAAUACUGUUGGGGAUAAUCUUGAGGAAUUUUUCGAUUCUCUGUAG